CGUUACAUCUCACAAAAGUAGCAAACUAGCUACUGUAGCUAGCUAACUUUCCCACCAGAGAUAGCUAGCUAACGUAAUUAUUGGUAAAAGGGGACUUUUUGGUGGACAAACGUUCGCUAUUUCGGCUAGGAAAAAAAAGUUGUUAUAUCCCAGAAUGCCCUGCGGGGAAACGGACUGUAAACACAACAGUUGUUAGCUAGAGCUCACUAGCUGCUAUCUAACGUUACGAGGCCUUGCUAUUCCUAGACCAUGUAGCUAAGUGGAUGCCGGUUAGAAGCCAAUUACUCGAGAUGGAUGCCUUUUUGGGAUCUCUGCAAGACCAUGACGUGAGCUCUGUCCUGACGUCCUGUGAGCCCGAGCUGCAGGAGCUGAUGAGACAGAUAGACAUCAUGGUGAACCAUAAGAGGACAGAGUGGGAGGCAGAGAUCCAUGCCAUGGAGCUGCGUCUGCACAGCGGAGAAGAGGAGCUCCUCUCAGCCAGAAACCUCAUAGACCAAAAGAACUCAGAGGUGGGGUUGCUCCGCAAGCAGCUAAAUGAGGUCCAGACAGGGAAGCAAGAGCUGGUCAUUAAAUAUGAGGAACAACUGCAGCGUGUCAAAGAUGAGUUGUCUAAGCUGAAGCACAGCUACCAGAAGCUUCAGAGUAAACAGCUGAAGGAGUCUCGUGAAGGAGCCAAGAGCCGCGAGGAGGACCGGACAGAGGUGACCCGCCUCAAUGGAAAGAUAGAGGAGUUCCGUCAGAGGUCAGCAGAGUGGGAGAACCAGAGGCUGCAGUACCAGAAGCAGGUGUCUUCCCUGGAGACGCAGAGGAAGGGUCUGGCAGAGCAGUUCACUAAUAUGAAGUCCCAGGGAGCAGCGUGGCUACAGGACCCAGGAGGAGGGCGUGCCGGGCAGGCAGAUCUGCAGAGGCUGAGGGGUCAGUUGGAGAGGGCCCAGGAUACACUGCACUCCCAGGAACUGGAGCUGGAACGACUCAGACACCUCCAGGAGCAGCUGAGGGGAGAGCCCAGGAGGGGACAGCAUGUGCUGACAGAGGAGAAUGAGGGCCAGAAGCAGCAGUUCUGUAAUGACCUGUCCAAGCUGACCAGGGCCCUGCAGGCUAAAGAACAAGUCAUCCGGUCUCUAGAGGAGUGUCUAGGAGCCCAGGAGAGAGGUGGCUCAGGACUACAGCUCCUCAGACAGGACCUAGAGAAGACUACUACCAAGCUACACUCUGCCCAGGCCUGUGAGGUCCACCUGAAGACUGAUCUAGCCAGACUCAGAGACAGACUGGAGACUAUGAGCAGACAGAGAGGAGAGUUGGUCACGAGAGAAACGGAGUUAAAGCAUAUCAAGGAAGAGAGGAGUCGCUCUGUAACUGAGGUGAAACGGCUGCGCGAGGAACUGGCGAGGGCGGAGCAGACGCGCUGCUGGGAGGUGGAGAGCAUGAGGAAGGAGGUGUCCCAGAUGACCAAUGAGCUGCACCAGCGUGACAUCACCAUCGCCACCCUCAGUGGCUCCGCCUCCAGCGUGGAGCGCCAGCUUAGUGGCGAGGUGGACAGGGCAGAGCGCCGGGCGGCUGAGCUCAAGGUGACUCAGGUGCAGCUGGAAACUCUGAGGAUCGAGAACCAACAUCUGAAUGAUCUGCUGGAAAGAGUGGAGUCGAAGUCUACUAAGAAAGGGGACCCCUGCCUGGCCUCCCUGAGAGAGAGCUAUGUAUCGUCUCUCAGUAGCUUGGAGCAGGAGAACAGGCAGAUGAGACAGGAGCUAGCGGAGGUGAGAGCUCGCCUGGAGGCCUCUACACAGACCUGGCAGGACAAGCUAGACAGAUCCCUGCUACACAACCAGUCCAGGGCAGGUCCACGACAAGCACAGGACGGGAGUGCAGAGGAACUGCAGCAGAGACACAGAGAGGAGAUGUUAGCCAUGGAGGCUAGGAUGCAGAAGAACACCUCGCACUACGAAGAGGAGAUCCAGCGCCUCCUCCAACAGCUGGAGGCCCUCUCCUCCUCAUCCUCACCUCACAGACACCACGGCCAGACCCUGGACCACAGGCCCAUCUCAUCCUCCUCUUCCUCCUCCUCCUCGUCCUGUAGAGAAAGCAGAUUAGCCCGGGGGACAGCCUCAGCCGUUGUCUGUGUUCCUAAUGGACCUGCACCUCUACCUGUCUCUGUACCUGGUGGUGCUGAGGGCCAGUUGUCCAAUUCAGAGGAGGCUCUACACCUGCAGGCCAGUCAAGACAUACUAAACAUGAAAUCCCAGUUGGAGGAUUCUGUAUUUCCUGCUUAUUCCCUCCAGAUUCCUGGAAACUUCCAACCGGAGCGCUGUGUGGCUUCCCCUGCUGGCUCGGUGGCGUCCCGGUACCUGGAGGAGGAGAACCUGCGCUCCCAGGAGCUAAUCCAGAGACUAGACGCUCACAUCCAGGGCAUGAGACAGGACAAUGUCAGGACCGUUUCUAAAUACCUGGGCCAUCCAGACGCCUCCUAACCCUCCUGACCAUCCAGACACCUCCUAACCCUCCUGACCAUCCAGACACCUCCUAACCCUCCUGACCAUCCAGACACCUCCUACCCUCCUAACCAUCCAGACACCUCCUACCCUCCUAACCAUCCAGACACCUCCAAACCCUCCUAACCAUCCAGACACCUCCUACCCUCCUAACCAUCCAGACACCUCCAAACCCUCCUGGCCAUCCAGACACCUCCUAACCCUCCUGACCAUCCAGACACCUCCUAACCCUCCUGACCAUCCAGACACCUCCUGGCCAUCCAGACACCUCCUAACCCUCCUGACCGCCCAGACACCUCCUAACCCUCCUGGCCAUCCAGACACCUCCUAACCCUCCUGACCAUCCAGACACCUCCUAACCCUCCUGACCAUCCAGACACCUCCUAACCCUCCUGGCCAUCCAGACACCUCCUAACCCUCCUGACCAUCCAGACACCUCCUAACCCUCCUGACCAUCCAGACACCUCCUACCCUCCUAACCAUCCAGACACCUCCUACCCUCCUAACCAUCCAGACACCUCCAAACCCUCCUGGCCAUCCAGACACCUCCUGGCCAUCCAGACACCUCCUAACCCUCCUGACCAUCCAGACACCUCCUAACCCUCCUGACCAUCCAGACACCUCCUGGCCAUCCAGACACCUCCUAACCCUCCUGACCGCCCAGACACCUCCAAACCCUCCUGGCCAUCCAGACACCUCCUGGCCAUCCAGACACCUCCUAACCCUCCUGACCAUCCAGACUCCUCCUAACCCUCCUGGCCAUCCAGACACCUCCUAACCCUCCUGGCCAUCCAGACACCUCCUGACCCUCCUGGCCAUCCAGACACCUCCUAACCCUCCUGACCGCCCAGACACCUCCUAACCCUCCUGGCCAUCCAGACACCUCCUAACCCUCCUGGCCAUCCAGACACCUCCUAACCCUCCUGGCCAUCCAGACACCUCCUAACCCUCCUGGCCAUCCAGACACCUCCUACCCUCCUAACCAUCCAGACACCUCCUGACCCUCCUGGCCAUCCAGACACCUCCUAACCCUCCUGACCGCCCAGACACCUCCUAACCCUCCUGACCGCCCAGACACCUCCUAACCCUCCUGGCCAUCCAGACACCUCCUAACCCUCCUGGCCAUCCAGACACCUCCUGACCCUCCUGACCAUCCAGACACCUCCUAACCCUCCUGGCCAUCCAGACACCUCCUAACCCUCCUGGCCAUCCAGACACCUCCUAACCCUCCUGGCCAUCCAGACACCUCCAGACACCCCCUAACCCUCCUGACCAUCUAGACACCUCCUAACCCUCCUGACCAUCCAGACACCUCCAGACUCCUCCUAACCCUCCUGACCAUCCAGACUCCUCCUAACCCUCCUGGCCAUCCAGACACCUCCUAUCCCUCCUGACCAUCCAGACACCUCCUAACCCUCCUGACCAUCCAGACACCUCCUAACCCUCCUGACCAUCCAGACACCUCCUAACCCUCCUGACCAUCCAGACACCUCCUAACCCUCCUGACCAUCCAGACACCUCCUAACCGUCCAGACACCUCCUAACCCUCCUGACCAUCCAGACACCUCCUACCCUCCUGACCAUCCAGACACCUCCUAACCCUCCUGACCAUCCAGACACCUCCUAACCGUCCAGACACCUCCUAAACCUCCUGGCCAUCCAGACUCCUCCUGACCAUCCAGACACCUCCUAACCCUCCUGACCAUCCAGACACCUCCUAACCCUCCUGACCAUCCAGACACCUCCUAACCCUCCUGACCAUCCAGACACCUCCUGACCAUCCAGACACCUCCUAACCCUCCUGACCAUCCAGACACCUCCUAACCCUCCUGACCAUCCAGACACCUCCUACCCUCCUAACCAUCCAGACACCUCCUGACCGUCCAGACACCUCCUAACCCUCCUGGCCAUCCAGACACCUCCUAACCCUCCUGACCAUCCAGACACCUCCUAACCCUCCUGACCAUCCAGACACCUCCUACCCUCCUAACCAUCCAGACACCUCCUGACCGUCCAGACACCUCCUAACCCUCCUGGCCAUCCAGACACCUCCUAACCCUCCUGACCAUCCAGACACCUCCUAACCCUCCUGACCAUCCAGACACCUCCUAACCCUCCUGGCCAUCCAGACACCUCCUAACCCUCCUGACCAUCCAGACACCUCCUGACCAUCCAGACACCUCCUAACCCUCCUGGCCAUCCAGACUCCUCCUGACCAUCCAGACACCUCCUAACCCUCCUGACCAUCCAGACACCUCCUAACCUUAUCCCUCUUGAACAUCCAGCUCACCUCUGGAGCGGUCAGUGACUGACCAGACAGACAGCUCACCUCUGGAGUCGUCACCAGAUAUGUGCCACUGACUGACUGACUGACCACCAACAGAGUCCAGGUUUCUCUAGUUCUAGGAGUAUUGGUGUGGCAGUUCUCUGGCUCUGUGUGUCUCUACAGACGGACCUGUUGGAAAGAUACGCUGUACAUGCGACUGGUGACAGUCUGUUGGUGAGUUAAUGUGUGUGAUUUAGUCCAGGGUGGUUUAGGUGUGUCUCUGAGCCCACUGACUCAACUCUACAGUGUCGUGGUGUGAGUUAGCGCCUGUAAAGCACUUUAGAAACGUACUGUAUUGCUAAGCCAAGUAAGUGGUGCUUAGAUUUCUCCUUGACAAUCUCUUUUCUUUUGUACCCGUUUAGAGCGUCUUGUUUUUGUGUGGAUGUGGAAUGUAUUUUGGCGGUGCUGUUUGCAGUCUUUGUUUUUAUUGACAGUUUGCCUCCUGUGAUGUCAUCCAAACACCCAAGAUGGAAUGUAACUAUGUUUGUAAACAUAGAAAUAUAUAUAUUUUUAAAUAUUUAAAACUUCAUUCUCCAAUGGCUCAGAUGCUGUCCUCACUUGUUGACGAGAACAAGCUACAUCUUCUCUCUCAGCCAGCAGAGUGUGGGUUGGGGUCUCGCUCCUCAGGGUGAAGGUGUGACUGCAUCCCUCCCAGAGAGAGGGAGAGAGAAUAAAAAAUAAUCUGUUAGUGCCAGAAAAGCUGUCAUCCUCUCUGUGAGGAUUCCACAAGGUCCCACUCCAUCUCUCAGUAGAGGGAUAACAUGGUAGAACGGAGGGAGGGAGGGAGGGGUCUCCUUGGUUCUCAUCCCGACCCUUUCCCACAACACACACAAACAAGGCCCAUAGCACUCUGGUUAAAAGUAGUGCACUAUAAGGGGAAUAGGGUGCCAUUUAGUACCCGGGUGUUUGUGGGAAUGAAAUAAAGACAAAAUAUUAAUAUACUAAAUAAAUGUAAAAUGUGUUUGAGGAA